CAAGGAAACAAAAUUCGACAAAACUUUAAAUAAAUAAGAGAGGGUGUGGGCGCAUUACAUUUCCCGCCUGGUUCUUGCUCUUUGCCGCCUUUGUACCGAUCUUGGAUCGACCUUUUUUUUUUUCUCUCGUUAAUUUAUUAUUAUCAUUCUUUGGUUACUCUCCCCCGGCGCAAAUCAUCCAUCCAUCUGACCCUAUCGACUCAAGCUCGUGCCUACUGAGCGCAACUCAUCCAUGGCCGACGACAUAUCAGAGAAGCCUCAGAUGGCAGCCGCCGAUGGUCCCUCGGCUCGCACUUCCAGUCAUGGCGACUCAGCUACAGAUGCCGCUCCUGGAAAGGAAGAAGGCUCUCUAGGAUCUGGAAACGCAAUGGAGAAGGCCGAUUCCAAAGUCAUCCAGCCGACUCAAGACUCAGACGAUCCCUUCAGCCACCUGCCUGCUAACGAGGCCGAGAUCCUCAAGAGACAAGUCAUAACGCCCGAGGUGAAGACAGGUGUCGCUACUCUCUACCGAUACUCCUCGAGAAAUGACCUUAUUAUCAUGUUUGUGAGCGCUAUCGGUGCUAUUGCUGGUGGUGCCGCCUUGCCACUCAUGACAGUCAUUUUUGGUAAUCUUCAAAACACAUUUCAGGGGUUUUUCCUAGGCACCGUAUCAUACGACGACUUCAUGGGCGAGAUGACUAGCCUCGUGCUGUAUUUCAUCUACCUGGCUAUCGGCGAGUUCAUCACUAUCUACGUGGCCACUGUCGGCUUCAUCUACACUGGCGAGCACAUCAGUGCCAAGAUUCGGGAGCAUUACCUCGAAAGCUGCAUGCGUCAAAAUAUCGGUUUCUUCGACAAGCUUGGUGCUGGCGAAGUCACUACCCGUAUCACCGCUGACACGAACCUAAUUCAGGAGGGCAUUUCCGAGAAGGUAGGACUAACGCUAACGGCCAUUGCAACUUUUAUAUCUGCCUUCGUCAUUGGCUUUGUCUUCUAUUGGAAAUUGACCCUCAUCCUGUGUUGCGUCAUUGUUGCCCUGAUCUUGGAUAUGGGAAUUGGGUCUCGAUUCGUUGUCAAGUUUACCAAAAACUCGAUACAGGCCUAUGCGACAGGAGGCAGUGUUGCGGAGGAGGUCAUCAGCUCUAUUCGAAAUGCCGUCGCUUUCGGUACCCAGGACACAUUAUCAAAGCAAUAUGAUACCCAUCUAAUCCGAGCCGAGUACUACGGCUUCAGAAAAGCUGCCGCGAUCGCCAUCAUGGUCGCUGGUAUGAUGUGGAUUAUAUACUUGAACUACGGAUUGAGUUUCUGGAUGGGCAGCCAAUAUUAUGUCGAGGGCACUAUCCCUCUAUCCACUGUUCUGAUCAUUAUGAUGUCUAUCAUGAUCGGUGCCUUCAAUUUGGGCAACGUUGCGCCCAACCUCCAGGCCUUCGGGACUGCGCUUGCGGCUGCCGCCAAGAUAUUCAACACCAUCGACCGCAUGUCUCCAUUGGACCCUAGUAGGGAAGAUGGAGAAAAGCUGGAGAAGGUUGUUGGUACAAUUCGCCUAGAGAACGUGAAGCACAUUUAUCCGUCCAGGCCAGAAGUUGUGGUCAUGCAGGAUGUAACACUAGAGGUCCCGGCCGGCAAGACGACAGCUUUGGUUGGAACUUCUGGUUCUGGAAAGAGUACAAUCGUGGGCUUGGUAGAACGAUUUUACGAUCCCGUCGCAGGAAAGGUAUUCUUGGAUGGCCAUGACAUUAGCACAUUGAAUCUCCGUUGGUUACGCCAGCAAAUGUCCCUCGUCAGCCAGGAGCCCACACUAUUCGGUACAACAAUCUAUAAGAAUAUAUGCCAUGGUCUCAUCGGCACAAAAUUCGAGAACGAGAGCGAGGACAAACAGAAAGAACUAGUUAUCGAGGCAGCCAAAAAGGCCAACGCUCACGACUUUAUCUCGGCCUUGCCAGAGGGUUAUGAGACAAACGUUGGUGAACGUGGAUUCUUACUGUCUGGUGGUCAAAAACAACGCAUUGCCAUUGCUCGAGCCAUUGUCUCGGAUCCUAAAAUCCUCCUACUCGACGAAGCUACAAGUGCAUUAGAUACCAAGUCAGAAGGCGUCGUUCAAGCAGCAUUGGAAGUCGCCGCAGAGGGUCGUACAACCAUUACCAUUGCUCAUCGUCUUUCUACUAUCAGGGAUGCUCACAACAUUGUGGUCAUGUCGCAUGGCUCUAUCGUUGAACAGGGUACACACGACGAGCUGUUGGGACUCAACGGGGCAUAUGCAAAGCUAGUCAGCGCACAAAAUAUCGCUGCGGUAAAUGAGCUGACGGUGGAGGAGCAAGAGGAAAUUGACGCUCGUGACGAGACUCUUAUUCGCAAAGCUUCCAGAAAGGGAUCCGAGACCGACUACAUCGAAGACCCCGAUGACAACAUUCACGACAAACUGAACCGAUCAGCCACUCAAGGGUCCGCUUCUAGUAAGGUUCUUCAAGGCCGCAAAUCUGAGGAGUCACCCAAGUAUGGCUUAUGGACUUUGAUCAAGCUCAUCGCAUCUUUCAACAAACAAGAAUGGAAACUAAUGGUAUGGGGCUUGUUCUGGUCCAUCAUCUCUGGAGGUGGCAACCCGACUCAAGCAUUCUUCUUCGCCAAGCAAAUUUUAACCUUGGCUGUACCCCUUACUCCCGAGAAUCGUGCACAGGUCAAAAAAGACAGCGACUUCUGGAGUGCCAUGUUUCUUAUGCUCGCAUUCGUCAUGCUCAUAAGUCAAAUGUCGCAUGGCAUUGCUUUUGCCAAGUGUUCCGAAAGACUCGUUCACCGUGUCAGGGAUCGGGCUUUCCGGACCAUGCUCCGCCAGGAUGUGGCCUUCUUCGACAAGGACGAGAAUACUGCUGGUGCUCUCACGUCAUUCUUAUCAACUGAGACCACUCACGUAGCUGGCCUCAGUGGUAUUACCCUCGGGACAUUGUUUAUGGUUACCACGACACUUGUUUCCGCAAUGGUUGUUGCUUUGUCGUUCGGCUGGAAAUUGGCUCUCGUCUGUAUCGCCACAGUCCCGGUUCUGCUUGCAUGUGGAUUCUUCCGCUUUUACAUGCUUGCACACUUUCAACGACGCUCCAGAACGGCGUAUGAGCAAAGCGCUUCGUUUGCAUCUGAGGCCAUAUCCGCGAUCCGCACCGUUGCAUCUCUCACCCGAGAAGAUGAUGUCUUGGCGCAGUACAAACACUCGCUUGCUCUUCAGCAGAGAUCUAGCUUGAUAUCCGUUCUCAAGUCAUCGUUACUCUAUGCUGCUGCUCAGUCAUUCCUCUUCCUGGCCUUUGCCCUUGGCUUCUGGUACGGCGGUACUCUAAUUGGCAAGGCUGAGUACGACCUCUUCCAGUUCUUUGUCUGCUUCAUGUCCGUCAUCUAUGGCGCCCAGUCAGCUGGUGCUAUCUUCUCAUUUGCUCCUGAUAUGGGCAAGGCGCACCAGGCGGCAAGUGAGCUCAAGACGCUAUUCGAUCGAAAGCCAACUAUUGAUACGUGGUCCGAAGAUGGAGCCCCGGUUGAAUCGGUCGACGGCACUAUUGAAUUCCGAGAUGUCCAUUUCCGGUAUCCAACUCGACCUGAGCAACCUGUGCUACGUGGUUUGGAUUUGACAAUCCGUCCCGGCCAAUAUGUCGCGUUGGUUGGUGCGUCUGGUUGCGGAAAGAGUACGACAAUCGCUCUCUUGGAACGAUUCUACGACCCGCUUGUCGGUGGUGUGUACGUCGAUGGCAAGGAGAUUAGCUCUCUAAACGUGAACCAGUACCGAUCUUUCAUCGCGCUCGUCUCCCAAGAACCAACUUUGUAUCAAGGCACGAUCAAGGAAAACAUUAUUCUCGGCUCCUCUCGGGAUGACGUUACUGACGAGGCGAUCAAUUUCGCGUGUCAGGAAGCCAAUAUCUAUGAUUUCAUCAUGUCCCUUCCAGACGGCUUCAAUACGAUAGUGGGCAGCAAGGGUGCCUUGCUAUCAGGUGGCCAAAAACAGCGUAUCGCUAUUGCGCGUGCGCUGAUCCGCGACCCCAAGAUUUUGCUCCUAGAUGAAGCGACUAGUGCUCUAGACUCCGAGUCGGAGCAUGUGGUCCAGGCGGCCCUAGACAAGGCCGCCAAGGGCCGGACUACGAUCGCGGUCGCGCAUCGUUUGAGCACGAUCCAGAAGGCCGACAUUAUCUAUGUGUUCGACCAAGGCAGGAUCGUGGAGGAGGGCACACACCCUGAGCUAAUGAGGAAGAAUGGAAGAUACGCCGAAUUGGUCCACUUGCAGAGCUUGGAAAAGACUCGAUAAUAUAUUUCAUAUGACAUACGUCAUACGUAAGAAACGGACGAAAGAAAAUAAUGGCACCUAUACACGCUGUCAUGGUUAAUGUUUUUUUUUUCCAUGGUCUAAAAAGAGAUUCC